AUGACGCGCUGGCAUGGCCCAUUUUGCAUCACUCCGGACGUGUUUGUCACAGAAGACAGAACGCCAAGCUGUCAAGCCUGUGGCAAAACGUGCCCGUCCACUGAGGUCCUUAUAUCCCAGCAGGAAGGAGUAGCUACAUCAUGGACACUUCCACCAGAUGAACCUCCAGGUCAGAUGAACUUGCGGUGGCCAAAAAGCGUACCGUACUACCGGGCGAACCAACAGAUUCCACUUACCGAGAAUGUCACGGAGGAUCAAAGGACUGCGGAACCACCGCCCACUUCAUCAUCCAUAUACGGAAAAACAUUGAAAAAUGAUGAAAUACGACUCGCUUGUCUGUCGGCUGUUUCAACAGAGGAUAGUCCUUUGCAUCUGAGUCUGGACACAUAUGCCGAUGACGACCAUCCAGAAUACGAGUGUACUUCAUAUUCUUGGGCUACUGAUGACGGCGACGAUUCUCUAUGUUGCCCGAUCUAUGUUGGCAAAUUCUGGGACGUCCAACUGCAGACCAAGAACUGCUUUGCUAUGCUUCGUUUCUUGCAUCCCUGGAGAGGCAUCCGAAUACUCUGGGUGGAUGCUGUCUGCAUCAACCAAAGAAAUACUGAAGAACGAGAGGCACAAGUCUCCAAGAUGCGCAGCAUAUAUGAUCACUGCUCCCGGACAGUGGUUUACCUUGGGGAAGAUCUUGUCACAUCCUCUAGGCGUUUCCCAACCUCGCUGCCGUUGGAUACACUUGGAAAAGUCGACUCACGGACUUUGCCAUUUCUUGCUGGUCAUCGUCUCUAUGGCACAAACUACACCCUUCGUGAUCUCUUAUCGCGUAGAUAUUUCAGCAGACUUUGGAUCAUUCAAGAGCUGGUUGUUUCCGAUCAAGUCAUCAUUCGCAUUGGUGACGUUGAUUUUCGCGCAAAUGCUCGAAUUGCCCAGGAAUCAUCAAAAGACCUUGAACAUAACGUUGUCGAUUACGACUGGCUACCUGCGAACACAAACAUCCUACACAAUACCUCCGAAAAUGUUCGAGCCACAGUACGACUGCACAAAACUCGGCUUAUUCAUCGUUCCGAGUCUUUCGUCACGGCCAUGUCUCACAGCUCCUCAAAAUUAUGGUCAAAUGCGUCUGAAUCUUGGCUCCAGCAUCUGGCACACAAGUCUUUUCCUCCUGAUAUCAUCAAGGAUGUAACCGAUAUACUAAAGUUGACGGCAAACUCAUCAGCUUCUGAUCCUCGCGAUCUAUUAUUUGGGGUCUUACCACUACUCGUUGCACCAGGCGUGCAGGCAGACUUGAACCCCGAGUAUUCUCUAUCAAUGCAACAAUUUAUGAUUGGCCUGUUCUCAUACAUUCUGACGAGGGAGAAGAGAUACUGGUUUCUCGGUAAUGCUGAUGCGGGGAUGAAUGCACGGCAGCGAAUUGAGCGCGGUCUGCCCUCUUGGAUACCUGACUAUCGGAAAGAUGGGGCAUGGCGACGAUUAUUUCAGAGGGCACCAAAUAAGCCACCUUCGUUUAAUGGCAAGAACUAUCGAAGGCCGUUCCCGGUAUUUUUGGAUGAGGCCAACCGCAAGUGGUUGUUUCACCGUGACCGCCAGUUCAGCUGGCCUCCUGAUGCCAUAGGCGCAGCUAACGGGGCACUUAUCAUUAGUGCCGCCCAUAUUUUUUCAUUCGAAAACGGUAUUCUGGCAGAGGGAAGACAUGGACCCUUGUUCAGUUUCUAUGCCGCAGCUCUACCUCAUACUACGAAGAACGAACCAGAUGCCAGUGGGUACGUCAUUCGAGCUCGUAACAGCUUGUGUCCGCCUGUUUGA